AUGGAUUCCAAAUGGGGCGGCAGCAGUGGGUAUUCUUCACAUCACCGUCAAUCACUACGCCCAAGCGGUGUCACCGCUAGUUCCGGUCUUGCCUCUCGUUAUGGACUUUCCAGCAACAGCCCAAACAGCUCACGGAAUGGCUCCAGCAGUGGUGCAGCUGCUGGCGGCAACGCCUCAACCGGAGGCAUGGGCUCACAGCUCUCCUCCAGCGUUGUCUCCUUCAUGCGAAAGUUUGUCAGCAAAGCAUCCAACUCCAACUCAAUCGACAACAGUUUUCAACAGUACAAAGAGCUUCAACAGCAGCAGCAAACCAGUGGCAGCAAAGGCGGCAGCCAGGGGCCGAGUGGAGGUAAGGGUGGCAGCAGUGCCCCCGUCACUGGCACCGCCUCCACCUCCUCCAUGUUUGUACCUUGUGGCCCUGCAGCUGCAGCUGGCGCAUCCUCCUCUUCCUCCACUUCGACAAACGUCCUGGCCACGGCCGCCUCCUCAUCAUCGGGUGCCUUACCGUCUCACCACUCGGACACUGGCUACUCGAGCAUCACCAACUCUCCGGCGACGACACCGACCGUGUCCUCCAUAUCAGCAUCGCCCAUCCCUCCUGCUCAACUCAUCAGCUCCUCUUCCUUUGCCUCCGACGGACAAUCGGGUUCACGGCCAUCUUCUGCUGCGAGCACUGCCGGCGGAAGCUCGGCAACUUCGGCCACUUCGAGGGGGCCGCUCUUUUCGAAGAUACGCGCCAAGAUGGUGUCCACCUUUCAGGCGACCAACGCCGGAGAAUGCAGCAAUGCAGCCAAUUUAGCACAGCCAGUGCAGCCAACAGCGGCGGCAGCGGCGGCAGCAGCAACAGCACCUGCAGUUUUCCUCGCACAGCAGUCUUCCAAUACUACUUCUUCCUCCUCUCACAGUGGCAGCAACACAAUACAGCGGCCAGAGUCAGCAGCCUCAAUUGGCACCGGCAGUGUAGCAGACGCUCAGAGUAGUGCCUCCUCGCGACAGCAGCGAAGCUCCUCGAUUACCUCCACGUCAGGCACCGUGGCGCCCAUGGGUGGCUCUACCUCGCCGGUUGCCGGCACGGAAACGGGCGCCCAGCGGCCGCCAAUGCUGUCGAUGCUCUCGCAGUCGCACUCGUCCUCGCUCACCAACGAACAGCUGACAGCCCACUUGACGGAGGAGGAGAAGAAAAUUCUUGAGAAGGUCUUCCAGAAGGAGGAGGAAUUCAGAGAGAUUGCACUCAAAAA